AUGGCAUCAUCCAUCCCCCAUCCCCCAAGCCCUGCUGGGCCGGUCAACGCCCGCUCGGCUAUCGCGAUGCGGCAUUUGAUGAGAGCCGCCGCCCACCCAUGUUCCAGACUCCAGACUCCAGCAUGUCUUGGGGUAAAUAGCCACGUUGUGUGUCCGUUUCUCAUGUGCCGCAUGAAUAGGGUUUACCUGCUUGCAAUUCAACCGGGGUAUCCAGCCCGAGCCGCUGAUUGGUCGCCGGACUCGUUUGUCAACCUCGACCGAUGCCCGCCGACUGCCUGCCUGCCAACUGCCCGCCAACUGCCUGGCCACGAUCCGUCCUUCUGUCGCCCCUGA